GUCCCUUGUAUAAAGAUUUAGAUUUAGGUGAUGGGGAUGAUAAUGAUAUAGUAAUUUAGAGAACUGACGUGGUCUCAGACAUGCAAGUGUGCGCGUUCGAAGAGCUUACCAUACGAAGCUACGACGAGCAGAAGGACAAAGCCCGAGUAGAUGCCUUCGAGCGCAACUGCGACGUCGGCCCUCCCCACCGCUCCGUCUUCCUCUUCACCGACUCCAUGGGUGACCCCAUCUCCCGCAUCCGCCACAGCCCCCUCUACAACAUGCUCGUGGCGGAGAUCCGCGGGGAGGUGGUGGGGGUGGUUCGGGGAACGAUAAAGGUAGCGAGGGUUCUGAGCUCGCCGGCGGGUCCGUCCAAGGUGGGAUACGUACUGGGUCUGCGGGUGUCGCCGCUGCACCGGCAAAAGGGCAUCGGAGGGAAUCUAGUGCGGCGGCUGGAGGAAUGGUUCGCCGCCAACUGGGUCGACUACGUCUACAUGGCGACGGAGAAGGACAACGAGGCGUCGGUCCGGCUCUUCGUCGACCGCCUCGGCUACGUCAAGUUCAGGACGCCGGCGAUCCUCGUCAACCCUGUGCGCCGGAGCCGCCCUUACGGCGGCGGAGGCGGCGCCGUGAGGGUGUACAGGCUCUCGGUGGAGGCCGCCGAGUCGCUCUACCGGGGCGUCAUGGGCGCGGCGGAGUUCUUCCCGGAGGACAUCGGGGACGUGCUUCGGAACAAGCUGAGCCUGGGGACGUGGGUGGCGGAGGCUGUCGGGUCGGGGCAUCAUCCGGGUCUUGAACCUGGUUCGGGUCCAAGGAGCUGGGCCAUGGUGAGCGUGUGGAACAGCGGGGAGGUGUUCAAGCUGAGGCUGGGGAAGGCGCCCUUAAGUUGGAGGGCAUGUGCGAGGGGGUGCAGGUGGGUGGACAGGGUACUGCCCUGCCUUAAAGUGCCCUUAAUUCCGGACCUUUUUCGGGCAUUCGGGUUCUACUUCUUGUACGGGGUGCACCGGGAGGGUCCGGAUUCGGGAAGGCUGGUUCGGACCCUGUUCGAGUUUGUGCACGACAUGGCCGCAAAGAGUGGGCCCAGGGACUGCAGGGUGGUGGUGACGGAGGUGGGGGGGUGGGACAGUGCCCUAAAACUGUGGGUCCCACACUCCAAGGUGAUGUCCUGCGCGGAGGACCUUUGGUGCGUGAAGGCCCUGAACUGGGGAGGGCUGGCGGGGGUGCUCAUGCAGGAAUUGGUGAGCGGAAGGACGCCCAGUAGGGCACUUUUUGUAGACCCAAGAGAAGUGUAAGGGCAGAUUUGGGACACAAAAAAUCUAUGGGGGAUUCCCUUAAUUGGGUGCCCACACUCCUUCGGUCUGCCUUUGUUUGGAUCUCAUCUUUGUGUAACUUUGAUUUGGACUAGACUAGCGUGGAUGAUGCCUGUGGUCCUAUUAUGUGUGUAUCUUAUUGGUCCCAUUUUUUCGGGUUUUCGAUUUGGCUCGAAAAAUACUUUGGGAUGAAGAUGAGAUGAAAGUCUAAAAGAAUAAAUGAUAAAUUCAAUUACAUUUCA